CUUGCGCGCGCGGUGAUAAGACUGCCCCGAGACGGGUGGGGAGGCCCUCGGUGGAGAGCCGCUGUUACCAGAGGAGGGUCGCGCGCUGCUCAGCGGGGGAGAUGGCGGCGGCGGGUGCCCGCGAGGCGUGGCGGGGCCGUUACUACCGGCUCGAGGAGAUCCAGGCGCACAACCACAGCCAGAGCACCUGGAUCCUGCUGCACCACCGCAUCUACGACCUCACCAAGUUCCUGGAGGAGCAUCCAGGUGGUGAAGAAGUCCUAAGGGAGCAAGCUGGAGGAGAUGCUACUGAAAGCUUUGAAGAUGUUGGCCAUUCCACAGAUGCCAGAACUCUGUCUGAGACAUUCAUUAUAGGGGAGCUUCAUCCUGAUGAUAGAGACAAAGUUCAGAAACCAACGGAAACACUUAUUACCACUGUGGACUCUAAUUCCAGGGCAUCUUGUCAUCUUACCAUGAAGAUUUUACACUUCAUCUUGAAGUUAAGAGGUUACCUUGUUCUAGAGAAGAGCUGGUAUGCUACUAAUGCAGGAGAUGCUUGGUGAUCUUACUAGUGCUGCUGCUGUCGCUAGCUACUCUGGAUGCCUUAUUGUUGGUGGACCAGUUGGGUGAUCCCAGCAAUAGCAGCAAUUAUUGUGGCCCUGAUGUAUCAUUUCUACAUGUCAGAGUAAGCGUCCUACUGAGAACCAAUACAAGGAGAGACUGAUUUGGGAAAGAAAACAGAAGCCAUCUUAACCCACUACACUUCCUGACAAAAGAAUAAUAGCUGAAAAGAAAUUUUUAAAAUUGAACUUUUCCAGAUAACUUUCUGCUGUGCACUUUCUUCUUAAUGCUACCUUUUACUCACUGUUUAAGCGCUAAAGGUAGUGUGAAUCUUUUGUAUAACACUGUUUUAUUCUCUAAUGAACCAUUUGAGAUAACGCUGAUUUCUGUAUUACAACAGACAUGUAUGUACCAGCCUGAAACUUGUAACAUUGCUUCUUUUAACGUUUAUUAAGGCUCUGUCUGAAUUUAAUAUGAAUCCGUCAGCCCUAAAUAACUAUGAAAACUGGUGGGCAUGUGUCCAUGAAAACACUGUUCAUUUUACCUUUUACCCAUAAUCUUGUAUUCUUUGCUUGCACUCUAGCACUGCUUUCAAAUCAAUUGUUUUUUCUUUCUACAUAAAGAAACAAAUUCCAUUUUUUAACCUUUUAUUUAAAAAUAAAAGGGAGAAAGCUCUGUAGUAGUAGGUCUAAGGGUCUGUAAAGCUUGUAAACAUACAUAGUGUGUAGCCUGUACAAUGUGUGGACCUACAUGUCAGGCUGUACAAUGGCCUACUUAAAAGCUUCCUGACAUCUUGGUACCUAGGACUGGUACAGAGUGCUACCAUAAAAAAGCCAGAUUGCUUAAUUCAGUUGCUCUUUAGAAAACCAUCACCUGAAGCAUAGUGAAAAUGAAACUUAGGUUAAUGUUUAUAUGAAAUGUCCCAAUUAUUUCCCUAUCUAUUUUGAAAAAAAAAAACCACAUACAAAUCAAAAGCUCUUUUAUUGGUUCUGCCUUUUUGGGGGAAAAUAUUUUAUGUAAUUUCCACAACAGGUAAUUUUUCUAAGUGGAGCAAAAUAUUGCUUUUUAGCAACCAGAGCUCUGUACUGACAUGACUAUAACUUAUCCUACAACUUGAGUCAAAUCUUUAGGAAAUCUUCAAUUUAAAGCUAUGGUUCCUAGUGAGUAAAACUAGUUAUCUAAAUCUGCACUAAUGACUCAGUUUACUGUGCUCCUUAGUACUAAGGAAAAAAGGUAACAUACAACUUGUACUUAUCAUGAAAUAACUCCUUGGGAUAGGAAUCUUGCUGUUUUCGUUUUCUGGGGCAAUGUUUUUAACUUCUGCUACUAUAUUUUCUAUGUAUUUGUAUGCACAAUAUUCAUGAAUAAAAGCAAAUCCCUGGUGUAUCUUCCCAUA